AUGGGCUCCAUCGCAUCGGUGCUGCAAUGGCAUUGUCAGUCAUGUGGUCAGAUCAAUCCAACAGAGAGUGUGAAAUGUUUAAAAUGUGGUACAAAGAGAAUUUCGAGUCAUGACAGUGGAUCACAAAAACAUUAUUUUACGGGAGAUUCUUCAUCAGAAUACGCUUCUCGCACAGAAAAAAGUGGUGGUACAACUCCUGGCUCAGAAGCAAUCGUAAUACCGACAACAAAUAACUUCAAUAGCGGAUGGUCGUGCGUGGGCUCUGCGCCGCUGGCCCGGCGCGCGUGGCGCUGCGGCUGCGGGCUGCGCAACGUUUCUGCAGCCUGGCGCUGCACCGCCUGCGAUGCACUCGCCCCUCACGCGCCCGUCUACAGACUCUCUGAUGACGAGGAUCAAACAUCAGGGAUGAUGGACAAGGAUAAAUUGGCUCAAGAUAACACUAUGAUAAAAUCCAACACCCUGGCAGUUCCCUCGUAUAAACCCUCAUCGAGCUACGCUGAUGGACGACGCCUUAACCUUGACCUUCAAUCCCUGCGUCUAUCGCCAACUCAGUUAACGGAUCAAGCGCACGGUGUAACGAGGUCCCUAUCGCAUGGAUCGGUGAUCAAUUCCCAGCAGAAGUGGUGGAACCUGGAAGAGACCAGGGGUACUAUCAACAGACCAACAAGUCUAAUGGUGUCUGAGAGAUACGGUUUCAACACUGCACAGUACAACCCUCGGGAGUCUUUCCUGCGGAGUCUCCAUUCUGUAACUAGGAAACCGAAGAAGUGUAACGAAAGUAAAUCUAACUGGGAAUUGAAUUACAUUAAGGAAUAUCAGAGGGAGCAGAGUAGAGCGUUGUACCUUAAGAAGUGGGCGUGCACUAAGUGCACUCUCGAAAAUUCUGGGAUCAGAACACAUUGUGAGGCUUGUUUAUCACCAAGGGUGUCUCCUUUGUCUAGAAUUUCCAACACAAGAGGCUUAAGUGUAACCACUCUUGGUAGACACGAGACCGCCAGCAGGAGGGAUGGUGCCACAUCGCUUCCAACAUCAGGCGGUGUUAUGAUAACAGUGCCCGACUGGCCCCAAACUGGGAGUGCCAGAUUAAGGGAACCAUUCCAAAGGUCGGUCUCCGCACAAAACUCCCCGGAAAUUCGACCAACUUACAGACGUUCUUUUUCGGAACAGACUGAAAACCGACCAGUUGGCAAAGUUAUUUCCAGCAGAAGGAGUUUGAGCGAUUAUCACAAGUCCAUGGAGAAUCACAACGUAACUGGUUCGAAAGGUGAGCAAAAAGAGAAUGCGGUGGAGAAGAAGAUAGACGAAGGAAACCUGGAGUUGAUUGAUAAAGAAUGUAGUUGGGACACCAAUGCGGAAGGAGUAAUUUAUGCUUUACCUAACAAAGGGAAGUAUAAAGAUUUAAAUCUCCAACUCCAAGUGAAUAACAAUGGAACUAAAUAUUCAUAUGUUUCAGUUCAGGACACUAAGAUUGUUAUGAGCAAUUCUCAAAAUGAGGCUUUGUAUUCCAACGAUAUCAGCGAUGGAGAUUACGCCAGGAUCGAUGAAUUGUUGGGAACUGAGAAUUGUAUAUCUCCAAUAACUGAGAAUAAUAUAAGGACGUCACAUAUUACUUCAGCAAAAGAAACAAAUGCUAAGGUGUUCAAUAUGCUGCCAUCUGUUGGUAAAGUGUCGCACAAUCCGCGGGAGCAGUCUAAAGUGCCUUCUACACAGCAGCAAUCUACUGCUCGCAUGUGGCAGUGUGGGGAGUGCUGGUAUGCGUACAAUGCGUGGGGCGCGCGCUGUGAAAUGUGCCGCAGUGCGAGGCCGCCGCAUGCGGUGACGCUCGCCGGCGCCGCUGAUCGCGACCGAGACCGAGACCGGGACCGAGACCGCGAAAGAGAACGGGAGCAGCGCGCCAGACCCGCCGUAUCAUCAGAAGCGAGCGGCACAAAACAGGAAGCGAAUCGAAACGACCAACCCAAGAAGUUGCAGGUACCAAUCGCCUCGUUGGACCACGACCUGAACAGCGAUGAGUUGUUAUUUGCAGUGGUGUCGGGUGCGGAGGCGGGCGGCGCGGCGGGCUCGUGGGCGUGCGCGCGCUGCACGCUGCUCAACGAGCCGGCCGCCGCCGCCUGCGCCGCCUGCGCCGCCUCGCGCGCCGCGCAGCCCGCACCCACCGCCCACUGGUCGUGCAGUUCAUGUACGCUGCGCAACCCCAUGUCGGCCAGCCUGUGCCUGGCCUGCAAGACUCCGCCCGUGCCCAAACAUGGCGUGCCCAGUUCCUCCUCUGCAGACAUCAACCAUGGAUCCAGUGGUCGUAGUCCAUCACCAAGACGCAGCUCCCGCCAUACUCCUGCACUACCACGUCGCGGUUCCAGGCACAAAACCCCUCCACCCGAACCCAAGUGGGAGUCGGGCGAGUGGGCGUGCUCGGAGUGCACGUACGCGAACGGCGCGUGCGCGCUGGCGUGCGACAUGUGCCACGCGCCGCGCACGCGCCUGCUGCCGCCCGCGCCGCACCAGCCCGCCGCCGACGACGACGACUCGCCGGAAGGCUCAGAUUCGGAGCGAGAAAGUACUCCAGUGGAAAUCCUGCGGCUAAGAGAGGAGAGUCAUGCUUGGACCCAGUGGCAAGAAGUGCUGGCGCAAUGUGCAGCUACCGGCGAGCCGUACGUGGACGAGUCGUUCCCGGCGGCGGCGCGCUCGCUGUACUACGACGGCGCGGGGCCGGUGGGCGGCGAGGCCGGCGCGGCGGCGCGCUGGCUGCGCCCGCACCAGAUACACGUGGACGCGGACCCGCGCCUGCCCUGGCUGGUGUUCCGCGAGCCGCGCCCCUCCGACAUCUCGCAGGGCGUGCUGGGCAACUGCUGGCUGCUGUCGGCGCUGGCCGUGCUGGCGGAGCGCAGCGCGCUGGUGCGCGGCGUGCUGGUGCGCGGCGAGCCGGCGCGUGGCGCCUACCAGCUGCGCCUGUGCAAGGACGGCCGUUGGCUCACCGUCACCGUCGACGACCUGCUGCCCUGUAACAAGAAGGGCCAGCUUGUCUACUCGCAGGCGAAGAGAAAACAGUUGUGGGUUCCAUUGAUUGAAAAAGCCGUAGCGAAACUGCACGGUUGUUACGAAGCACUCGUUUCUGGAAGAGCAAUUGAAGGGCUGUGCACGCUGACGGGCGCGCCGUGCGAGUCGGUGUCGCUGCAGGCGGGCGGCGGCGGCGCGGGCCCGCUGGAGGCGCUGGACCGCGACCUGGUGUGGGCGCAGCUGCUCUCCUCGCGCCAGGCCUGCUUCCUCAUGGGCGCCAGCUGCGGCGGCGGCAACAUGAAGGUGGAUGAGGAGGAAUACCAGCGGCUGGGUCUUCGGCCGCGGCACGCGUACUCCGUGCUGGACGUUGUGGAGCUGUGUAGCGGUGGCAGCGGUGGCAGCGGUGGCGAGCCGCUGCGGCUGCUGCGGCUGCGCAACCCGUGGGGCCACUACACGUGGCGCGGCGCGUGGGCGCACGCCUGCCCGCGCUGGACCGACGCCUUGCGGCGCGCCGUCGCCCCCCACGCUGCGCCCGACGACCGUGAUCACGGUGUCUUCUGGAUUGCGUUCGACGAUGUGCUCAAAUAUUUCGACUGUAUCGAUAUAUGCAAAGUUCGAGUUGGAUGGCACGAAGUUCGGUUGGCGGGUAUUUUGCCACCAAUGUCCUCUACACGACACCUCACGUGCCUAUUACUUACCGCCACUCAACCCACUGAAGUCGACUUUACUCUGUUUCAAGAGGGUCAAAGAAAUUCGGCAAAAAGUCAACGCUCACAGCUUGAUCUGUGCGUGGUCGUGUUCAGAACGAAGUCCGGGCCGAAUGCGCAGGUUGGGAAGUUGGUCGCUCACAGUAAAAGGCAGGUGCGCGGUUUCGUGGGGUGCCACAAGAUGCUGGAGAAGGGGUUCUACCUGGUGGUGUGCCUGGCGUUCAACCACUGGCACACGGGGCUGGAGGGCGGCGGGCGCGGCGCGUGGGGCGCGUGGCCGCGGCACGUGCUGGCCGUGCACUCCAGCAAGCCGCUGGCCGUGCGCCGGCCGCCGCUGCACGCGCACCUGCUGGCCGACGCCAUCAUCGGCCUCACGCUGGCGCGCGGCCAGCGCCACGAGGGCCGCCAGGGCAUGACCGCCUACUACCUCACCAAGGGCUGGGCAGGUCUGGUAGUGAUGGUAGAGAAUCGCCACACCGACAAAUGGAUACACGUGAAGUGUGACUGCCAAGAAAGCUACAACGUGGUGUCCACAAGAGGGGAGCUGAAGACGAUCGAUUCCGUGCCACCUUUGCACAGACAAGUGAUAAUAGUCCUUACGCAGUUGGAAGGUAGUGGCGGUUUUUCCAUAGCACAUCGUCUGACCCAUCGGCUAGCUGGUGGUGCUCGUCUACAGGACUGGGCGCCCCACUCGGACGACGAACCGCGUCAUCGCCCACCGCUGGCCCGUCGCCUCUACGGACUUCACGCGCCGCGCCUUAUCACAUAG